UGCAUUUUUCUCAACCAAGGGCACAUUCAGCCAUGUCUUCAAGCAACGUAAAGGACUCUAGCUUCCUGGGAGGCAGAAUACCACCAGAAAUAGAGUCAAUGUCGAAAAAUCUGAAGGAUGUGGAUCAAGAGUUGUUUAGAAAACUACUCAAAGCUGUGGUCAGUGCUCUGGAAGGAAAAGACUGCAGAGAGGUAAUGAAGUCAAUUGCUGAAAGCAGUGUCAUCCCACAAGAGAGGCUCAGUCACAUCAUCGCAGGGAUGCACAGAGUGCUCUCAGAGGCCAUCCGCAUCCCAACAUCCUUACUUAAACAGGAGACAUUUAAGGAAGAUCUGAGAGAACUUAGGAUACCAGAAGACUUCAUCAUAGAUUUCUCCAGUGUGGUUUUUGGAAAUCGACGUGCAGCUCUGGAAGUGGCUUCCUCUCAGAAUGAUCCUCACCUCCCCACACUGGAGGAGUUUAAAUGGAGAGUGGAUGUUUCCAUUUCUACAAGCUCUUUGGCCAGAGCCCUGCAGCCAUCUGUUCUUAUGCAGCUGAAGCUUUCAGAUGGGAGCUUUCAACGCUUCGAGGUCCCCGUGUUGAAAUUCCAGGAGCUGCGUUACAACGUUGCUUUAAUUCUUAAAGAAAUGAACGAUUUGGAAAAAAAGAGCAUUCUCAAGAUCCAGGACUGAUCCGCAAUCCACCGUUGAUCUCAGGGACUCUUUAAAGGAGUACUGGAGCUCUGUACAUGUUAUAGUUGCCUGUCUUCAGUUUGGGCUCUGACUGUGUUGGCAUCCAACAUACUACAACUGUUUUUUUUAAAUAGCCGCCAAUAUUUAAAGACAUUUUCUUUUGCCCCAAACAGUAACUACUAACACAUGUGAACACUGUUGGUUCUUAGAGAUUUGUGACAAGAGUGUUGUGGCAAAACCAAGUGAAGACACUCACCAUAUUGUUGACCAAUACAGGGUGAUAUGUAUAUUGCCUGAGACUGAACAUUUUUACCUGCUUGUAAAAUGCAAUUAUAAAACUGAAAAUGUUGGUUUUUUUUUUUAAACUAAUACAUAAAAUUGCAAUAGAACCGAAA